CCUCAGUUGAGGGUCGGCGCCAGUCUCCCGGCUGUCGCUACAGAAGUCAAUACGAUUGAAAACCAGUGAAAUAUUAAUUGAAACCCAGCUGUUAGGGAACUUUGGAUCCUCAGUCGUCCAGCGAUGAAUCUAGAACUGCUCGAAUCGUUUGGACAGAACUAUCCAGAGGAGGCAGAUGGCACUCUGGACUGUAUCAGUAUGGCCCUCACCUGCACCUUCAACCGCUGGGGCACCCUGCUGGCUGUGGGUUGCAACGACGGUCGCAUCGUCAUCUGGGACUUUCUCACACGGGGCAUCGCCAAAAUCAUCAGCGCACACAUUCACCCAGUCUGCUCUCUAUGCUGGAGUCGAGAUGGUCACAAGCUGGUGAGCGCCUCCACAGACAACAUUGUCUCGCAGUGGGACGUCUUGACUGGAGACUGUGACCAGCGAUUCCGAUUCCCCUCACCCAUCCUGAAACUGCAGUACCACCCCAGAGACAUGGAUAAGGUGCUGGUGUGUCCCAUGAAGUCAGCCCCGGUCCUGCUGACCCUGUCAGAUUCCAAACAUGUUGUCCUGCCUGUGGACGAUGACUCGGACUUGAAUGUGGUGGCAGCCUUUGAUAGACGGGGCGAGUACAUCUAUACUGGCAAUGCCAAAGGAAAGAUCCUGGUGUUGAACACAAACACGCAGGAGCUGGUGGCGUCCUUCAGAGUGACCACUGGCACCAGCAACACCACUGCCAUCAAAUCUAUUGAAUUUGCACGCAAGGGCAGCUGCUUCCUCAUAAACACAGCAGACCGGAUCAUCAGAGUGUAUGACGGCAGGGAGAUACUGACCUGUGGUCGAGAUGGUGAACCUGAACCCAUGCAGAAACUACAGGACCUGGUAAACAGGACUCCGUGGAAGCGCUGCUGUUUCUCCGGGGAUGGCGAGUACAUCGUGGCUGGUUCAGCCAGGCAGCACGCCCUCUACAUCUGGGAGAAGAGCAUUGGAAACCUGGUGAAGAUCCUGCAUGGAACCAGAGGAGAGCUGUUGCUGGAUGUGGCUUGGCAUCCUGUCCGUCCAAUUAUUGCCUCCAUCUCCAGUGGAGUGGUGUCCAUCUGGGCUCAGAACCAAGUGGAAAACUGGAGCGCUUUUGCUCCAGACUUCAAAGAACUGGAUGAGAAUGUGGAGUACGAGGAGCGAGAGUCUGAGUUCGACAUCGAGGAUGAAGACAAGAGUGAACCUGAGCAGACAGGUGCAGACGCUGCAGAGGAUGAAGAGGUGGAUGUCACCACUGUUGACCCCAUAGUUGCUUUUUGCAGCAGCGAUGAGGAGCUGGAGGACUAUAAGGCCCUGCUGUACCUGCCCAUUGCCCCUGAGGUUGAGGAUCCAGAGGAAAACCCCUUCGGUCCUCCACCGGACGCCUCGGUCCAGGCUUCUGGCCCAGAGGACGCGUUGGCAGGAAGUGACAAGAAGCAGCGGCAGCCUUCAUCUGAAGGAGGCCCAGCCAAAAAGAAAGCCCGCACCACCACCAUUGAACUCCAGGGGGUGCCCAGUGAUGAGGUGCACCCCCUUCUGGGUGUGAAGGGGGAUGGCAAGUCCAAGAAGAAGACAGCAGGUCGGCCCAAAGGCUCCAAAGGUAAAGACAAAGACUUCCCCUUCAGGCCCAAGCCUUACAGGGGCGAACGGCCCUCCUUCCCCGUGGAAGCCUUGGGCAGCUCUGGCCCGGGAGUUGGAGGAGGAGGAGGAGGAGGGAUGAAGGGCAGGGCAGAGGGGGGCCUGGCCACAGGUAAGCAUGCCACCGCCCCUGCUGCUGCUGAGUCUGGGAGCUCUGCUAGUCCUGCUGCCCUGCUAGUCUGACUGACACCUCACCACCCCGGCCUGUCUCCAAAGCAACCCCACCCCCCACUCCGCUCCCUCCCUCCCUCCCUGUACUCCCAACCCCCCACCCCGCUCCCUCCCUUCCUGUACUCCCAACCCCCCCCACCCCCGUCCCUCCCAACCACACAGCUCACUGACAGAUCCCCACUUGUUGUAAAACCACAGUCUGGAUCUCAGAACACAAAACAAACACGAGAACAAUGUUUCACUAAAUUACAUCUGAUCCUCAUUGAGAAGACUAAUAUUACACAGUUUGACCUUUUUAUCACCAAGAAAUUAUAAAUAGGUUAUUAGUCCAGUAACUGGAGCUCAUCUGUCAUAAACGAUGAUGAUGACAGUUUUCUUUUACUGUGACUUUAUGAGAAAAAAGCUACUGUGUGGGUGCUACAUUUCCAUCUAAUAAGGAACUACAGAAAUACUCCACAGCUUCUUUUUAAAUCCCUUUGCACACACAUAUCACCUUGCUUGUGGCCAUAUAAUAUCAUAAGCAUAUUGCAAGAUACUGUAAUGUUUGCAAUAACAAUAUUUAUGAUACAUGAAUAAAAAAGCAGUUCUCUGCUUGCGCUGUGAGUUUUUCCUCACACUUUCCUGGCUGCUUGUGGCUGUUUGAGCCGUUUUCCUUCACUUUUCCAAACUUCUAAGAGCUCAAGUGGAGCAAGCAGCAGUGUCACUGUUUGCUUCCAGCCGUGCUAUUAUUGCUGCACAGUCAUGAUGUAAAUAUGUAAAUAUGUAAACAUGAACAGUAUGAUGUGGCAUAACCUUACAUAGUUUCCAGAUGAUCUUUCAUGAUGAUAAAGAUUUCAGAUAGUGGUUGCUUUCUUGACAGUUCCCACAGUCAGCUAAUGGAUAUAGUAAAAGAUUGGAUUUUAAAUUCAUAUUCAAAAACAUCACGCAUCUACUCUCACACAGUCCUAUUGUCUGGCUGCUUUGAUCUCACCAAAAAUGUACCUCAAGUCCAACUGAGAGGUUUCACACCAGCCAAAACAAACCAACCGUUAUAACUGAACCAAACCGGUUAGGUCUGACAACACCUUAAGAAUACUAUUCCGUAGCAGUCCACAUGAUUACUGUAUGAGACGCAAAUUGCUAGAAUUGUUUUUAUUUUUCUCUCCAACAAAACAGUGUCCACACCUGAACUGGUGCGUUUCAAACCACAUGGUGGUAUGUAUGCCCCUUUGGUUUGUUUGGUUUAAAACCAGUGAGAAUUCUGCCAGUUGAACUCUGAUGACAAUUAAGCAACCGAGGCCACGUGAAAAGUUCUCACUCUGCUGCCAAGUGGACUCCGGUUGUCUUGGUCUGAGGUGCAUUUCUUAGUUGUGAAAUCAGUAUGAAUUUAAAGCAAUUUAACUGAUCUAAUUUUUUUAGAUGAUGAUGGCAACCUGCACUUGAAUCACAUUUAAGUGUAUAACAGGUCAUCUAGUUCACCUGAUUCGAUCUGCCCUGCUGUCUGCAUAAAUGUUUCUGUGCAGCUAUAGAUUUUAUUGAGUCUUAAUCCAGUUCAGAUUGACAUUCUCACUAAAUACUAAUUCUAAUUAGUACUAAUACUAAUUAAUGAUGCAUACAUAUAUUCUCUAUCUAUCUACCAGAUCGAUGUGUUCUGAAGUCUCCUGUGUGCACUAGAACUAAGUCGUAGCUAAAUUCCAACCUUGACAUUAAGUACGAACAGUGAUACAACCGGUUCAACCUUCCAGCUGAUGCUUUCUCCAGCUACUUUUCAUGCUAAAAUGGUAGAUUACAGUUCAGCUUUUUGGCUGAAUGUUCUUUUACAAAAAGCUGUAAACACAAAAGUAGCUUAUUUUGACUUGGUCGCACACACACACACACACACACACACACACACACACACACACACACACACACACACACACACACACACACUGGGAAAUACUCACCAGAGCCCCAAAUGUAUAUUAGUCUUCUGCUGAAUUGUUCCCAACAAGUGAGCUGUUGCAUCCUGUUUGAGAAAACAUUUGAGAGUAGUGACACAGUUGACCUCAGUAAUUUUAGGAAAUUACUGAGCCUUUUUUAAAAAAUAUCUUCAGUGGGAAACAGUGAGUUUUGAGCUAAAUAAGGGAAGUCAGAAAGUACUGAGACACAGAUUGAUUAAUUGUUGUUUGGUUGAGUCUUAAUCCAGUUCAGAUUGACGUUCUUACUAAAUACUAAUAUAUCUUUACUAAAGUAAAGAUAUAUACAAUUAUUCUCUAUCUAACCAUCUAUCAGACCGAUGGUAUUUGUUUUCCUCUUGGUUCUACGAGGUUAUGCCGUGGGUUGGAUACCAGGAACACACUAGAAUUGGAAUGCAUGGGCCUAUUGUUUGUGUUCUAAAGUCUCCUGUGUGCACUAAAACUAAGGCGCCUUCUCAGAAUUAACACGCCCGCUCUGUCGUAGCUAAAUUCCAACUUUGACAUUAAGUAAGAACAGUGAUACAACUGGUUCAACCUUCCAGCUGUUGAUGCUUUCUCCAGCUACUUUUCAUGCUAAAAUGGUAGAUUACAGUUCAGCUCUUUGGCUGAAUGUUCUUUUACAAAAAGCUGUAAACACAAAAGCACCAAACUCAGUAAAGAUGUUCAGGAGCUCCUACUGAAUCACUGAGAUAUAUUAAAACUGAUCAGAGGAUGUACCCUGAUCUGAGGUUCACAUUUUUUUUUCCAAUUUCCACAAGAUCAUGACCAUUAAAGGAUUGGUCCAGAAAUAAUUUAUAUUUUUCUUACUGUCCACAAAUCCCAUGGGCUGACAAAAACACUGUAGUUUAUUUUGACUCAGUCGCCCACACACACUGGGAAAUACUCAGACCAGACCACCAAAUGUAUGUUAGUCUUCUGCUGAAUUGUUCCCAACGAAUGAGCUGUUGCAUCCUGUUUGAGUAACAUCUGACAGUAGUGACAUAGUUGACCUCAGUAAUUUUAGGAAAUUACUGAGCCUUUUUAAAAAAAAUAUCUUCAGUGGGAAACAGUGCGUUUGGAGCUGACAGGCACAGACAAAUUAGGGAAGUCAGAAAGUACUGAGACAGAUCGAUUAAUCGGUCUUGUUUGGACUUUUCAUGGGAUUUGUUGACAGAUAAAAAAAAAUUAAAAACACAAGACUGAUCGCCGGAGGUGUAAUUGUUAUUCUACUAAAAUAUUACCACAUAUGCUAACACAAAUCUACAACUAUGAAACACCAAUAAAGUGGUAGAUUAGAUUAGAAACAGUCAGGUGGAGUUUCACAGCAGCUGAAUUUACAGUGACUCCUCUUGUUUCUACAUAACUUUAGCCCUCCCAGACUGUGGCUUUAUGACUGUAUAACCUCUUGCUAACCUCAGCAUUACUCUGACUAAUUUGCCGUCAUUUAAACUUUGGUGAAGUUGUACUGUGGUUGGCAAACGGGUGUUGAUGUGGCUAACAGUGGGAUGGUGCAGCUUGUUUCCCUGCAGGCUAGCUGGCUAGUCUACACCUACUUCCUGCUUGGCCUUUGACCCUCCUGCUCCCACUCCCACCUCACUCCUUGGGCUUGCCAUGUGACAUAAACGUUUGUCUGCAGCGGCACUGCUCAGGUCCUGCCUUUUCUGUUUCUGUGUGUGUCGGAGAGACGUGGGCUGACUGUGUACGUUUAUGCUGUCGGCAUUAAUGUCUGAACUCGUCGUACUGUGAGCUUCCGUUAAAAGUUCUGUCUACGUGACCCUGCAGGUGUGAAGUAUAAAUUUAGAUUUUUCCCAUAAUUCAAGACGUGCAGCUUAAAUUAAUAGGCCAUUAUGUGCAGGACUGCCAUAUCAAGCCAUAUGAAAUUUGAAGACCAGAAGAAAGAAGAAGAAAACAAAGCUGACAUCUCACUUAAAACAUUCUUAAAGGAUUAAUUCAGCAUUUUGGGAAAUGCGCUUCAAAGAUGAAAUUUGUUUAAGGGGAAUUUACUAACAAACUACUUCUUGACAAACAACUCUAUAUCCAUUCACCCGUUGCUUCUGUGCAGCGGCGCUGGCUGUGGCACAGGCUGUCAGAUACGGUCGAUGAGCACAAGUUUCCGUUUGAGUCUCUGUGCAGACACAACUGUACCAAAGCUGGCAAACUCACUGUGAUGACAAGGCUUUAGGAAACUGCACACAGUCACUGCAGUUGUUUAUCAGACUGCCAUUUUUACAUGUCUGUUUGUGUAAGAAUUAAACACAAUAUAUGUUUAUUCAUGAGCUUUAGAUGUGCUGAUAGAUGUAUUUUGAACCAGGCUAACACAGACAGAAAGAGAAAAAGACAAUUUCCCAAAAUGCUGAAUUACUGAUUCAGUGUACUGUUUUUCCUUAAGCACCUUUGUCUUAUGACAAAUGAUUAAAACCUGACAGUUUGUCAAACUGAUAACCAGUUCUGAAAAUGACUUUUGGGCCUUGUUGUUACUGAUACCUGCUGAUAGAAAAAGAGUUUUGUAGACAGACAUGUUUACAUUAGGAAAUAUUAAAGCAUAAAAUUAGCUAUUAUAUCUGUUGUGUUAUUGAAAUGUGUUAUGAAAAUUAUACUGGAUUUAUCCCGAGACAUUGGAGUACACCGCUAUUUGAUUUCUGCUGUUUAUUUGAUCAUUUACAGUAGCCUCUUAUUGCUCACGAUGUGUCAGUGUAACAGUACUUGUGUUUUUUUUUU